CCACAUCCCCCACAAAUCCACCAAAGACAAUCCUCCUGUUUCACAUUGAUUCACUAUCAUAGGGUUAGUGAUGGAAGCUGUUAAUACAAAUCUUCUAGAGAUUUGAAAAACUUUGCAAAUCGAGUUUCAUUAUUCAAAGAAUCAGAAAGAUUUGGGCGAAUUUGUUCAGUUAUUGAUUCAUUUGAGCAUUUAGAGCAUCCACAAUGCUUUGGAAGUCUGCUGAGGGAGAAUAGAAAUGCUUAAAUCCAUGUUUUCUUGUUGUAAAGUUUACAUAUCGGAGACACGGAACAUAUCUGCUUUGGAGUCGAUUGAACGAGCUGCCAAACUAUUUCCGGAGGCCGCUCUUGUUAAUAAAUUUGAAGAUGAGACUUACAACAGAGUAGGAUACACCCUGGUCUCAAAACUGGCUCCUAGUUCAUCAUCGAAUUCGGGUCCCUUGAAGCAUGCUGUUUUUUCAAUGGUGAAAGCAGCUUUCGAAGCCAUUGAUUUUGAGUUGCAUACCGGAAGUCAUCCACGGCUUGGGGUUGUUGAUCAUAUCUGUUUCCAUCCAUUAGCUUCAGCAUCUCUUGAACAAGUUGCCGGGACUGCCAAAGCUCUUGCUGCGGAUAUUGGAUCCAUGCUUAAAGUCCCUACCUACACAUAUGGAGCUGCUCAUAGUGAACAGAGAACACUCGAUUCCAUCAGGAGGCAGCUCGGCUACUUCAAGCCAAAUGCAACCGGAAACCAGUGGUCAGGUGGGUUACAGUCAGAGGUUCUGGCACUUGAACCAGACGUGGGUCCAGUCCAAGCGGUUCAACGCAAAGGGGUCAUUGUCAUAGGAGCAACCAAGUGGGUUGAUAACUACAAUGUUCCUGUCUUUUGCUCUGAUAUUGCUACUGUUCGCAGAAUUGCAAAAAGGGUGAGUGGAAGAGGCGGUGGACUCCCAUCGGUUCAAUCUAUGGCGCUGGUUCAUGGUGAUGCUAUUGAGGUGGCUUGUAAUCUGCUCGAACCGAGUGCAGUUGGUGGUGAUCAGGUUCAGGGUGCAGUCGAAUUGCUGGGAUCGGAGGAGGGUGUGACAGUUGGGAAGGGGUAUUUCACUGAUCUUUCUCAGGAAGAGAUAAUUCAAACUUACUUGAAGUUAAGUUGUUGACAAUUUCUUGUUAUAUGGAUCAAUGAUUAUUGAAACGGUGGCUCUAUUCUUUGGGUUAGAAGACAAGUCUGGUACAUCUGAGUGUGAUAUACUGAAUUAUGUUUGGUUUGGAAAUUACAAGAUGGGCAUGAUUAUUUGCAAAAA